UCCGAGCACGACCAGCGAACAAUAAAAGGAGAUACCAGCGGAUUUGUUCGGGACUUUUUUGCCUGUGCGCUUCCCCUGUGCUCCGGACUAACAGCUGAAAACCUGCUGCUCCAUUUUUAAAGCUCCCCCUCUCUCUCUCUACUCUCACUGUAUAUAGACAAAAACAACAGAAUGACAACACAUUUCAGGAGCGGCCCGGCCUUCGGACUGUCUGCAGAGGUCAAGAGUAAGCUUGCAGGGAAGUACGACGCCCACAAGGAGGAAGAGCUGAGGCUGUGGAUCCAGGAUGUGACUGGCAAGAAGAUCGGGGAUGGCUUCAUGGAGAGUCUGAAGGAUGGAGUCAUGUUGUGCGAACUCAUUAAUGUUCUCCAGCCAGGUUCUGUGAGAAGGAUCAACCGCUCCAAUCAAAACUGGCACCAGCUGGAAAACAUUGGGAAUUUCGUCCGUGGAAUCACAGAGUACGGCCUGAGGCCUGAUGACAUCUUCGAGGCCAACGAUCUGUUUGAGAAUGUCAACCACACUCAGGUCCAGUCCACGCUCAUCGCUCUGGCUGGAAUGGCCAAGUCCAAAGGUUUCCACUCCAAGUACGACAUAGGAGUGAAGUAUGCUGAGAAACAGCAGCGCCGUUUCGCUCCAGAGAAGCUCAGGGAGGGACGCAACAUCAUAGGCUUGCAGAUGGGAACCAACAAGCUUGCCAGCCAAAAGGGCAUGACCUCUUACGGCACACGACGCCAUCUGUAUGACUCCAAGAUAGGCAUGGACAAUCCACUGGACCAGUCUACUAUCAGCCUACAGAUGGGUACCAACAAGGGAGCCAGCCAGACUGGUAUGACCGCUCCGGGAACCAGGAGGCACAUCUUUGACAAGAAGCUGGAGCUGGAGAACUGUGACACCUCCACCAUCUCUCUGCAGAUGGGCACUAACAAAGUGGCCUCCCAGCAGGGCAUGACCACCUACGGCCUGCCCCGCCAGGUCUAUGACACCAAGUACUGCACCAACCCCGCCGAGGCCUACUACAACAACGGGAGCGAGGUUGAGUUUGACGGCUACAACCAGUACUCUGACUAAGAAAACCACAGACAGCCUCACCCCCCCUCCCUUCCUCUUUGCUUAACUUCAGACAACCAACUGCAACUGUCUUCAUGACGAGCAAAACUCCCAGACUGUUAUUUAACACUGACUGACGUCAUCGCCGUCUUGAUUCACCGUCUUUUUCUAAGCAUAUUUGUACUCCUAAGAAUUGUUUGUCUUUCCAUGAGCAAAAGAAAUAAGUGUUUAACUUCCAUCAAAAUUUUUACUUCGUGACCAACCUCUGAGCAAAGUUGUUUGCUCCAAUGAAUUUUAAGACUGCUAAAAAUACCCAAACACCCAAAGUUGAGAUUUUUGACCUUUGCUAUUUAUAGAUUUUUUUUCUCUUCUUUUUAUACUUGCAUUGUAAUUAGAGAUGUGUAACUGUUUUUAAACCCUCGCCUCACCUUCCCAAUGCAGUUUGAACACUGACGGAGCAGAAGUUGAGAGUUCCUUGAAAGGAAACAACUAACCGUGUUGGUGCUAUUGAACUUUAACCCAGUUUGGAGCAGAGUCCAUGUCCACAUUGGAGCUCUGCAAGCUCUUAGGAUGGCAUUUCUGCAGGAUGAAACGGAAGCUUAGGGCCAUCUGACUGACGACGCAGACAUUGCUUUGUUUCGCGAGCACCUGCGCUGAUAAAUAGUCAUGUUUAUGAGCCUGCCAAAUUACCCUUGACGCUGUUUAAUAGGGUGAAUUAACAUGGCUUGUGUGCAUUGAAGGAAAAGUAGAGGGGUCUUUCAGACAUGGUACAAAGCUUAUAAGAGCAAAUGUAGGUGUUGUGAUAUUAAGUUGUAGGACGCCAUUUGAAAUUAGGGUAAACCUGUAGUUUUUGUAAUGCAUUGCCUUUUGUAAAAGGUCUUCUACAGUGAACUUUGGCUUUAGCGCUGUUGCUUCGUUUGCACUUACCUUACUUACCUGCCUUCACUUUGUAUUAAAAAGACCCAUGUGCAAUGUGAAUCAUGCUAAAUAUAGAUUCCCCCUUUUAGAAAUUUCCACAUCAUACUGUUAUGACCCACCGAAUGUCUUGAAUGUAAUGUAAGAUUAGAAGUGCCACUAGCUGUUAUAGGAUUCGACAUUAGAAUUUAUAAACAGGAGUGUCCACAGUGUUACAACAUUAAGAUUGGCUUUGAGUUAUGAAAUGAGGUGCAGACUGUCAGAAUUUGCUGUUAAUGUGCUAAAUGAGCUAACAGAUUUGAGCUCUUAAAGUGUUAAUACCAUUUAAAAAGGAUGUUGGCAGCCAUGAUUUGUGAUAGUGUGCCAUCUAGUGUUGUAAGACCUUUAUAGCGGGGAGAAAAGCACAUGUACAUUUACUGUAUUUUCAAUCCAUCAAAGGUUUAAACAUUGCUUUUUAUUCAAUCAAAUGUAGGAACAUAGAUUUUUUUAAACAGUGCAUUCACUUAUCAUCAUUACCACUCUGUUAGAUCCAGAAUGGAAAUAAUGUUGAGUAACAUUUCACCUUUUAAUGUGUUGGCUGUGUUUCAUCGUUGUUCAUACUAUACUAUCUUUGCUAACCUCUUGAUUUUUUUUUUCCUAUAUGCCUUUCACUAAACAUGACAUUUGUGCAAUAAAAACACUUAAAAAAUACA